AUGAGCGUGGACGAAUUCAGGGAAAAGUAUGAGAGUUUGAAUAUCCCGGUCGUGAUUCGGGGUGCCGCCAAAAAUUGGCCUGCGAUGAAGAAGUGGACGCGACAAGCGCUGGUGCGGAAGUUCGGUGCGAUCGAUUUUACGGUGGGCGGGUAUGAGAUGGCGCUGAAGGAUUUCUUUGCCUGCUCGGAUGGAUGCUCGGACGACACUCCGCUUUACUUGUUCGACCCUUUGUUUGGAGAAAAGGCUCCCGAGCUCGCGAACGACUACACCGUGCCAGAGUAUUUCGCUCGAGACGAUUUAUUCAAGCUCUUGAGCGACGACCGGCCGCAUUAUCGUUGGCUCAUCGUCGGACCGUCCAAGAGCGGCUCCAUCUUUCACAAGGAUCCCAACGCGACUUCGGCGUGGAACGCUUGCAUCACCGGUCGCAAGCGUUGGAUAAUGUUUAAGCCCAAUCAAAAUCCACCAGGCGUGUACCCUUCCGCGGACGGCGCCGAAGUCGCUCAGCCACACAGCCUCGUCGAAUGGUUCACGUCGUUUUACGAGUUCGCGAACAAGGAGGGCGCGCUCGAGUGCGUGUGCGAACCCGGCGACGUGUUGUUCGUCCCGAGCGGAUGGUGGCACAUGGCGCUCAAUCUCACCGAGUGCAUCGCCAUCACUCAAAACUACGUCAGCGUCGCAAAUCUCCCCAAAGUUUUGGAUUUUCUCGACACAAAGUGCGAAAACUUAGUCUCCGGCUUGGACAAAAAUCGCCGCGGCGGCUUAUCCGACCGCUUCGUCGCCGCCCUUCGCGCGUCCGGCGACGACGCUUUGCUCGCCAUCGUCGACGCGCACGCGCGCAAGAAGACAAGCGCGACGCAGAAGGCCAAAUCCAUCAUCGGCGACGCCUUCGCCACCGCGUCUGCGAGCUCGUUCAGCUUCUCCUUUUAG